UUCCAGGCUGCCUUGGAACUCAGUGGUCCUCUUGCCUCAGCCUCUUGAGUGCUGGGAUUAUAGGCAUUGUAGUCAAUCUAGAGAAAUUAGAAGAAGAACAGAAGAGACCCUGUCUGUGAAUGCUAAUGACUGAAUGUUGGAAACCUAGAAGUUGACUAAUUUGGUCUUUGGCCAACUUACCAAGCAUUCUUUACAGAAGCAUAUAAUGUAUAAAGGAAAAGUCCUUGGAAGCACGGUAUUUCACAGAGCUUUCCCUGGAAACAUCACAUUCCGGGCACCUCUACCUUUCUGGAGUCAGCACUGCGCUCUCGGCUUCAUUCCCUCCGCUUCGUGCACCCACCUCUCAGGAACAUUUUCAUGGGCUCCCCAGAAAGAAGCUUGAGGUUCACAGGUGUACAAGCUUGGUGGUCCUUCUUCCUUUCAGAUAUCUCAAGCGGCUUGGAUUUUACACUGGAGAGGUAUACAGUACAGUUUCAUUCAUUACUGGAUAUGUAUUCGGACCCUUGGCACUGGAGGAAGGACCAUUCUAAUUCCCCAAACUGAGACAAGCUCACCCACCAACAUGGUGGCCAGAGAAGAAUGCCCAGACAGUGAAUGAUGCUGCCUGAGUUGGCUCACGUUGCUGACACUCAAGGACAUCCCCAUCACUUUUCAAGAGCCUCAGCUACUCCAGUUGAUGUACUAAAAGCACUAGAUUUUCACAGUUCUCCAGAGGGAAUAUCAAAAACAACAGGAUUUUGCACAAACAGAAAGAAUUCUAAAGGCUCAGAUACUGCGUAUAGAGUUUCAAAGUUAGCACAAAUCAGUGCUCCAACAAAACAGUUAUUUCCAGGUGGCACUUUCCCAGAAGAUUUUUCAAUAUUGUUUACAGUAAAACCCAAAAAAGGAAUUCAGUCUUUCCUUUUAUCCAUAUAUAAUGAGCAUGGCAUUCAGCAAGUUGGUGUUGAGGUUGGGAGAUCACCUGUUUUUCUGUUUGAAGACCACACUGGUAAACCUGCCCCAGAAGACUAUCCCCUCUUCAGAACUGUUAACAUCGCUGAUGGGAAGUGGCACCGGGUAGCAAUCAGUGUGGAGAAGAAAACUGUGACAAUGAUUGUUGAUUGUAAGAAGAAAACCACAAAACCACUUGAUAGAAGUGAGAGAUCAAUCGUUGAUACCAAUGGAAUCACAGUUUUUGGAACGAGGAUUUUAGAUGAAGAAGUUUUUGAGGGCGACAUUCAGCAGUUUUUGAUCACCGGUGACCCCAAGGCAGCAUAUGACUACUGUGAGCAUUAUAGUCCCGACUGUGACUCUUCAGCUUCCAAGGCUGCUCAGGCUCAGGAACCUCAGGUAGAUGAGUAUGCACCUGAGGAUAUAAUCGAAUAUGAUUAUGAGUAUGGGGAAACAGAAUAUAAAGAGGCUGAAAGUGUAACAGAGAGACCCACUGUAACUGAGGAGACAAUAGCACAAACAGAGGCAAAUAUUGUUGACGAUUUUCAAGAAUAUAACUAUGGAACAAUGGAAAGUUACCAGACAGAAGCUCCUCAGCGGGUAUCUGGAUCGAAUGAGCCAAAUCCAGUUGAAGACGUUUUUACUGAAGAAUAUAUAACUGGAGAGGAUUAUGCCCAGAGGAAACAUUCCGAGGAUACUGUGUAUGAAAAUAAAGAAAUAGACGGCAGGGACUCUGGUCUUCUGGUAGAUGGAGAUUUAGGCGAAUAUGAUUUUUAUGAAUAUAAAGACUAUGAAGACAAACCAACAAGUGCCCCUAAUGAAGAAUUUGGUCCAGGUGUACCAGCAGAAACUGAUUUCACAGAAACAAGCAUAAAUAGCUAUGGUGUAUAUGGAGAAAAAGGACAGAAAGGAGAACCGGCGGUGGUCGAACCUGGUAUGCUCGUUGAAGGACCACCAGGGCCAUCCGGACCUGCAGGUCUUAUGGGACCUCCAGGUCUACAAGGCCCCUCUGGACCCCCUGGCGAUCCUGGUGAUAGGGGCCCUCCAGGACGUCCUGGUUUACCAGGGGCUGAUGGUCUUCCUGGUCCUCCUGGUACCAUGUUAAUGUUACCGUUUCGUUAUGGUGGGGAUGGUUCUAAAGGACCACCGAUCUCUGCUCAGGAAGCACAGGCUCAGGCCAUACUGCAGCAGGCUCGGAUUGCUCUGAGAGGCCCACCUGGCCCAAUGGGUCUGACUGGAAGACCAGGUCCUGUGGGAGGUCCUGGUUCAUCUGGGGCCAAAGGUGAGAGUGGUGAUCCUGGUCCUCAGGGUCCUCGAGGUGUCCAAGGUCCCCCUGGUCCAACAGGAAAACCUGGAAAAAGGGGUCGUCCAGGUGCAGAUGGAGGAAGAGGAAUGCCCGGAGAACCUGGAUCAAAGGGAGAUCGAGGGUUUGAUGGACUUCCUGGUCUGCCGGGUGAAAAAGGUCACAGGGGUGAAAGAGGCCCCCAAGGUCUUCCUGGUUCUCCCGGCGAUGAUGGAAUGAGGGGAGAAGAUGGAGAAAUCGGGCCAAGGGGUCUUCCAGGUGAAGCGGGCCCACGAGGUUUGCUGGGACCACGGGGAACUCCUGGACCUCCUGGACAGCCUGGCAUCGCAGGCAUAGAUGGCCCCCCAGGACCAAAAGGGAACAUGGGUCCGCAAGGGGAGCCUGGACCUCCAGGUCAGCAAGGAAAUCCAGGACUUCAAGGUCUUCCUGGUCCACAAGGUCCAAUUGGUCCUCCCGGUGAAAAAGGACCACAAGGAAAACCAGGUCUUGCUGGGCUUCCUGGUGCUGAUGGGCCUCCUGGUCACCCUGGAAAAGAAGGCCAGUCUGGAGAAAAGGGUGCUCUGGGUCCUCCUGGUCCUCAGGGUCCUAUUGGCUAUCCCGGUCCCCGAGGAGUAAAGGGAGCAGAUGGUGUCAGAGGUCUCAAAGGAUCAAAAGGUGAAAAGGGUGAAGAUGGCUUUCCGGGCUUCAAAGGUGACAUGGGUCUUAAGGGUGACAGAGGAGAAAUUGGUCAAAUAGGCCCAAGAGGAGAAGAUGGUCCUGAGGGACCCAAAGGUCGUGCAGGUCCAACUGGAGAUGCAGGACCUCCUGGCCAAGCAGGAGAGAAGGGGAAACUUGGCGUUCCAGGAUUACCAGGAUAUCCAGGAAGACAAGGUCCAAAGGGUUCCACUGGAUUUCCUGGGUUCCCAGGUGCCAAUGGGGAGAAAGGUGCACGGGGAGUCGCUGGCAAACCAGGCCCUCGAGGUCAGCGUGGACCAACGGGUCCUCGAGGUUCCAGAGGAGCCAGAGGUCCCACGGGGAAACCAGGGCCAAAGGGAACUUCAGGUGGUGAUGGUCCUCCUGGCCCUCCAGGUGAAAGAGGCCCACAAGGACCUCAGGGUCCAGUUGGAUUCCCUGGACCAAAGGGCCCUCCUGGUCCACCAGGAAAGGAUGGGCUACCAGGACACCCUGGGCAACGAGGGGAGACUGGAUUUCAAGGCAAGACUGGGCCCCCUGGGCCAGGAGGUGUUGUUGGGCCACAGGGAUCAACUGGUGAGGCUGGUCCAAUAGGUGAACGUGGGCAUCCUGGCCCUCCUGGCCCUCCUGGUGAGCAAGGUCUUCCUGGUGCUGCAGGAAAAGAAGGUGCAAAGGGUGACCCAGGUCCUCAGGGUAUCUCAGGGAAAGAUGGACCUGCAGGAUUACGUGGCUUUCCAGGAGAAAGAGGACUUCCUGGAGCUCAGGGUGCACCUGGACUGAAAGGAGGAGAAGGUCCCCAGGGCCCACCAGGUCUAGCGGGCUCCCCCGGAGAACGCGGAUCAGCAGGGACCGCUGGCCCCAUUGGUUUGCCAGGGCGUCCGGGACCCCAGGGACCUCCUGGACCAGCUGGAGAGAAAGGUGCCCCUGGAGAAAAAGGUCCCCAAGGCCCUGCAGGGAGAGAUGGAAUUCAAGGUCCCGUGGGUCUCCCAGGGCCGGCUGGUCCUGCUGGCUCUCCCGGAGAAGAUGGGGACAAGGGUGAAAUUGGUGAAUCAGGACAAAAGGGCAGCAAGGGUGACAAAGGAGAAAAUGGUCCUCCUGGUCCCCCUGGUCUUCAAGGACCAGUUGGUGCCCCUGGAAUUGCUGGGGGUGAUGGAGAGCCAGGUCCCCGAGGACAGCAGGGCAUGUUUGGACAAAAAGGUGAUGAGGGCUCAAGAGGUUUCCCUGGACCUCCUGGCCCAGUUGGUCUUCAGGGCUUGCCAGGCCCACCUGGUGAAAAAGGAGAAAAUGGAGAUGUUGGCCCCAUGGGUCCACCUGGUCCUCCUGGCCCAAGAGGCCCUCAAGGUCCCAAUGGAGCUGAUGGACCACAGGGACCCCCAGGAUCUAUUGGAUCAUUUGGUGGGGUUGGAGAAAAGGGUGAACCUGGAGAAGCAGGGAACCCAGGACCCCCUGGAGAAGCAGGCACAAGUGGUCCCAAAGGAGAAAGAGGAGAGAAAGGAGAAGCUGGUUCAUCUGGUGCUGCAGGACCUCCUGGUCUUAAGGGGCCACCGGGUGAUGAUGGCCCCAAGGGUAACCCAGGUCCUGUUGGUUUUCCUGGAGAUCCUGGUCCUCCUGGAGAACCUGGCCCAGCCGGUCAAGAUGGUGUUGGUGGUGACAAGGGUGAAGAUGGAGAUCCUGGACAACCGGGUCCUCCUGGUCCAUCUGGUGAGGCUGGCCCACCAGGUCCUCCUGGAAAAAGAGGUCCUCCUGGAGCUGCAGGUGCAGAGGGAAGACAAGGCGAAAAAGGUGCCAAGGGAGAAACAGGUUCUGAAGGUCCUCCUGGAAAAACUGGCCCCGUCGGCCCUCAGGGUCCUGCUGGAAAGCCUGGUCCAGAAGGUCUUCGGGGCAUCCCGGGCCCUGUGGGAGAACAAGGUCUCCCUGGAGCUGCAGGCCAAGAUGGACCACCUGGUCCUAUAGGACCUCCUGGCUUACCUGGUCUCAAAGGUGAUCCUGGUUCCAAGGGUGAAAAGGGACAUCCAGGUUUAAUUGGCCUGAUUGGUCCUCCAGGAGAGCAAGGGGAAAAAGGUGACAGAGGGCUCCCUGGUACCCAAGGGUCUCCAGGAGCCAAGGGGGAUGGGGGAAUUCAAGGUCCUGCUGGCCCCAUAGGCCCACCCGGCCCUCCAGGAUUACCAGGUCCUCAAGGACCAAAGGGUAAUAAAGGCUCUUCUGGACCUUCUGGCCAAAAGGGUGAAAGUGGUCUUCCAGGGCCUCCUGGGCCUCCGGGUCCUCCUGGUGAGGUCAUUCAGCCUUUACCUAUCUUGUCACCCAAAAAAACCAGAAGACAUGCUGAAAGUGUACAAGCGGACGCAGGCGAUAAUAUUCUCGAUUACUCAGAUGGAAUGGAGGAAAUCUUUGGCUCACUUAACUCCCUGAAACAAGACAUUGAGCACAUGAAGUUUCCAAUGGGUACUCAGACAAAUCCAGCCCGAACUUGUAAAGACCUGCACCUCAGCCAUCCUGACUUCCCAGAUGGUGAAUAUUGGAUUGAUCCUAACCAAGGCUGUUCAGGAGAUUCCUUCAAAGUUUAUUGCAACUUCACAUCUGGUGGUGAGACUUGCAUUUAUCCAGACAAAAAAUCUGAGGGAGUAAGAAUUUCAUCAUGGCCAAAGGAGAAGCCAGGAAGUUGGUUUAGUGAAUUCAAAAGAGGAAAACUGCUUUCAUAUGUAGAUGUUGAAGGAAAUUCCAUUAACAUGGUACAGAUGACAUUCCUAAAACUACUGACUGCUUCUGCUCGGCAAAAUUUCACCUACAAUUGUCAUCAGUCAGUCGCCUGGUAUGAUAUGUCGUCAGGAAAUUAUGACAAAGCACUUCGGUUCCUGGGAUCAAAUGACGAGGAGAUGUCCUACGAUAACAACCCUUAUAUCAAAGCCCUGUAUGACGGCUGUGCGUCCAGAAAAGGCUAUGACAAGACCGUGAUCGAAAUCAACACACCGAAAAUUGAUCAAGUACCUAUCAUUGAUGUAAUGAUCAAUGACUUUGGUGAUCAGAAUCAGAAGUGUGGAUUUGAAGUUGGUCCAGUUUGUUUUCUUGGCUAAGAUUAGGAGAAAGAACCUAUGAAAUCAACAAAAUAUAAACUUUGGUGCGACCAACACAUUUUAUGCCACAUGCCAGUUUUAAAUAAGGAUGGCAUAGAAUGCAAGUUGCUAGGUAAACUUUUACCAUGUAAGAAAUCACUGCUACCCUUAUGUGGGCAGAAUCACUUGAAAACGACUCUGAGAAUCAUAAGGUUCUGAGAUAGUGCGGCUGAGAUGGAAUAAGGCUGAUUCUUGGUCCUUGGCCCUCAUCUCUACUUUUCCUAUUUGGAUUUCUUUGGUGCUGUAGAAAAACAGAGAGAAAAGUAUAUAUUCAUAAAAAAUGGUGCUCACUCCCAUCCAUCAAGAGUAUGCUAAAAAGGUGUGUUUAAUAAAUUGUAAUUAUUUUAUGUACAGUUCUAUACUGUUAUCUAUGUGUCAAUUUCCAAAACUUGCACAUCUCUGAAUCCCACUUGACUCUAAUUUUCUGAUAAUUACGGAACUAUGAUGGCAAUAAAUAGAUGUAUUACAAAAAUGAAGUUGUAAUUUCUGAUGAUUCUAAUUCCCUUUCUUCGAUUAAUAAUAAAAUGCCUUUGUAUAUAUUGAUGUCGAAGAGUUCAGUUAUUUAAUGUUGCUAACAAAUUUAGGCAAAACCUGGAAGACUUUUGGGAGCACACUUUAGUCAACGUCUCUGUUGAUCGCACUUUGCUGAAUUUCAGUCAAAGUAGCGUGCAUGUUGAUGCCUUAUUCAAUGCCAUACCUCAAUAUUUUCUUUCCAGAAUCCACGAUUCCACAAGACACUUGUAUAUUUAGAAAACAAGGAAGUUUAUAUUUUUGAACAGCAAAAUAUGUUUGAGAAAUUGUUUUAAAAAUUAAUGUAACUGUACUGUAUACCUAAAAAGUACCAAUAAACUUAGUGAAAAAUAAAAACAUUAAUGCAUCUAUCAAGCAUUUGUAGAUGUGCACAAAAUUUCUCUACCUUAUCUCACCCCAUUGUUGCCAGAGUGCUUCAAAAAUGCAGGUAAAUGUUUGGAGAUGAACUAUUUAUGAAUUUGUGCAAUGUUAAAUUUUUAAUCAGCUUUCUGAAUUAGAUUCUAACUUGCACAUUAUAGUAAUUUCAAAUAUGAUUUUACCUGCCAAAUAAAUACUAUUUCUUUCCGAGACAAUUUCAUUUGUUAUUUGACCAACUUAAUGGCUAAGUAACAUGAGAAUGGAUUGCUUUAAAUUCAUCCUUAUUAAUGACUAUUGAAAUUACUUUCUGCUAGAUAUUUUCUGUCAGAUAGCUUGAAAUAGCAGAAAAAUUUAAAAACUACAAAAUGGACUUUGUAUCUAUUUUAAAUAAUAUAUGUGAGACUUGAAAAUAAAUGUUUUACUAUUUCUUAUAUGAAGUGUUAAAUUAAUUGGUACCAGAUUUCACUGGAGCAUUUUCAAAUGAUAAUUUAUCACAAAAAAGCAUAAUUGUAAAACACGAACAUUUGUCAUUAAGAAUUUCUUUUAUUUUUCAAAUCAAGUUUGUAAAUGUCCUUUCAAGAGGGAAAUAUGAAUCGUAUAAAUAAACUUAAAUCUUGACUACCUGGAUUGGUCAUUUGCUUUCUUAGUUUCCAAAUUGCUUUCUUUUACAGAAAAAGCUUUUGAUUUUCUU